GCCCUCCGGGAGCACCUGCUGUCUCUGCUCUCCGGGGGGCGACCUCCAGCCUGGGGUGAGGGCGCAAGCUAAGGUGCCCGUGCGCGGCCAGGGACGCGACCUGGGGCGGCUGCGGCGCCCUCCCCACCUGGGCAGGGGCACUCGCAGCCUCCCGCCCGGAGGCCCCGACGGGCGCAGCGCCAGGGCUGGGGAGGGGCCGCGCGAGGGCGGGAGCCGGGCGCGGGGCAGGGCAGGGCCGGGCUGUGCCUCGCUGGGCUCCCUCCCGGGCAGCUCCCGGGCCGCAGCUCUAGCAAGAGCAGACACUUGUGCGGAGCGCGUUCGUGGUGUCUCAGGCGCCCAGCGGCCCUGGCCAUGAGGACUCUCUGGAUGGUGCUGUGCGCGCUGACGCGCCUGUGGCCCGGCGUCCUGGGCGGCUGUGCCGAGGCCGGGCGUUGCUGCCCUGGCCGGGACCCUGCCUGCUUUGCCCGUGGCUGGAGACUGGACAGGGUCUAUGGGACCUGCUUCUGCGACCAAGCCUGCCGCCUCACCGGUGACUGCUGCUUUGACUACGCCAGGGCGUGCCCAGCUCGCCCAUGCUUUGUCGGGGAGUGGAGCCCCUGGAGUGGCUGUGCAGACCAGUGCAAGCCAACAACCCGUGUGCGGACACGCUCGGUGCAGCAGGAGCCUCAGAAUGGUGGGGCACCCUGCCCACCCCUGGAGGAGAGAGCCGGCUGCCUGGAGUACUCCACACUGCAGGGCCAGGACUGUGGACAUGCCUUUGUCCCUGCCUUUAUAACUACCUCUGCAUUCAACAAGGAGAGGACGAGGCACACUGCAUCUCCACAAUGGGCGACACGCACAGAGGAUGCCGGAUACUGUAUGGAGUUCAAGACAGAGUCCUUGACCCCUCACUGUGCUCUGGAAAACCGGCCCCUGACGCGCUGGAUGCAGUACCUCCGGGAGGGAUACACGGUGUGUGUGGACUGCCAGCCUCCGGCUAUGGACGCCGUGAGCCUGCGUUGUUCUGGGGAUGGCCUCGACUCGGAUGGGAAUCAGACUCUCCAUUGGCAAGCAAUUGGCAAUCCUCGAUGUCAGGGAACAUGGAAAAAAGUCCGGCGAGUAGCCCACUGUUCUUGUCCAGCUGUUCACAGUUUUAUUUUUAUUUAGAUUGUGAUGAAAA